AUGGGAAACACCACCAGCAGCGCGAUCUCCAAGGAGAUCCUGGAGGACCUGAAGCUCAACACCAAGUUCACGGAGACCGAGAUCUGCCAGUGGUACGAGAACUUCCAGAAGCAGUGUCCCACGGGCCGCAUCAGCCCUGAGGAGUUCGAGCAGAUCUACUCCCGCUUCUUCCCGGAGAGCGACGCCACCAGCUACGCCCAGCACGUCUUCCGCUCGUUCGACACCAACGACGACGGCACGCUGGACUUCAAGGAGUACAUCAUCGCGCUGCACAUGACCUCCACGGGCAAGACCACGCGCAAGCUGGAGUGGGCCUUCUCGCUGUUCGACGUGGACAAGAACGGCUACAUCACAAAGACGGAGGUGACGGAGAUCUGCCAGGCCAUCUUUAAGCUGAUCCCCAAGGAGGACCUGGACAAACUCCCCGGAGAUGAGAACUCAGCCGAGAGAAGAGCCGACAAGCUGUGGGCUUACUUUGAGAAGAAAGACAAUGAACGAUUGGCAGAAGGCGAGUUUAUUAAAGGGGUGAUCGACAAUGAAAAUGCUAUGCGUCUUAUUCACUACGAGCCCAUCAAGGAGUAA